AAGAUAAUGAAAAAUAAAUAAAUAACAAAGCCUUACUCUUCCUUUCUUCCGUUACCCACCUGCCCUUCCCUUCCGAGCCUUUUUUUUUUUUAAUCAUUCUCAAGAAGAAACAGCCUGCAGUGAUAUGAAUAAUAUAAGUAAAGAUAAACAAUAAUAAUAAAACGUAGAACUUCUUUGAAAAAACUUUCCCCUUUGAAGCCCUAGUCUUCGUUCCCGUUUCUCCCUUCCGUCUGGAAUCAGAGGAUCUCUCUUCUGUCCUCUCUCUUAGUUUCUUUUUCCCACGCCACCGCCGACUUAUGUUGGCCUCCAGAAGCUUGCUUUUUAUUUUUGGACCCACUCCCGGCUGAGAAAAGAGAUAAAUUGUCGGUGGAGCAACAGGAGUCAUCUUUGCUCUGUUUGCCGAUCGGCUUUCUUGCGCCCCCUCUUCGAAUCGAUGGCAAGGGUUUCCGUGCUUGCUCAAGAGUUUGGUCGAUGUCGAGGCCGCCUCCUUCUGUAGAUCCGCCGUGAGUUCGAUGAGAUACGACGCGAUGUUUGGCUCGAAGAGAGUUGAUGAUGAGAUGGAGCUCAAGAGGGAGAGAACCAUAAGGUUCUAUCCUGAUGAGAAGCAAAACCCAGCCAAACCCACCUAUCAGAUCGCAAAAGCUGGAGGACAUGUAACGAGUAGAAUUGGUUCGGGAAAGUCCAAGGUUUUUGCUGAGGAUCAUGAGCCAUGGAGAAAGCGAAUACUUGAUCCAGGAAGUGACCUUGUAUUAAAAUGGAAUCGGGUUUUCCUUGUCUCAUGCUUGGUUGCUCUCUUUAUAGAUCCUCUAUAUUUCUAUCUGCCUUCAGUCAGAAAGGGCAAUCAAACUUCAUGUAUUAGGAUGGACCAUCGUCUGAGCAUUGUUGUUACUUUUUUCCGGACGCUAGCUGAUUUAUUCUAUGUACUGCACAUAGCUAUAAAGUUUCGGACCGCCUAUGUUGCACCGAGUUCUAGGGUGUUUGGGCGGGGAGAGCUUGUCAUGAAUCCUAAAAAGAUUGCUAGGAGAUAUUUGAGAUCCGAUUUCUUUGUAGACCUGGCAGCUGCAUUGCCUCUACCCCAGAUUGUUAUUUGGCUAGUGAUACCUGCAUGUAGAAACUCAAGGGCUGAUCAUGAUAGUAAUGCUCUUGCUCUGAUUGUUCUAAUUCAAUAUAUUCCAAGAUUAUAUCUCAUAUUUCCGCUAAGUUACCAAAUCAUUAAGGCAGCUGGUGUUGUUACAAAGACUGCUUGGGCAGGUGCUGCAUACAAUCUAUUACUUUACAUGAUAGCCAGCCAUGUUUUAGGAGCAUCAUGGUACUUGCUAUCAGUUGAACGACAGACAACAUGCUGGAAAUCAGAAUGCAAGAAGGAGAAUGGCACUCAGGGUACACCAUUAUGCAAUCUUAAUUUUUUGGACUGUGAGUCCUCCAGCCGAAGUGAUCGGCAAAUCUGGGCAAAUGAGACGUCUGUUUUUACAAACUGUGAUGCUAGUAACUCUAAUAUUUCUUUCAACUAUGGCAUUUUUGGAGCUGCAUUAACCAAUGAUGCUGUCUCCUCGGGGUUCGUAAAGAAAUAUUUCUAUUGCCUUUGGUGGGGUCUGCAAAAUCUGAGCUCGUAUGGUCAGAAUUUGACUACAAGCACCUUCAUUGGGGAGACAUUGUUUGCUAUACUCAUCGCCAUUGUUGGCCUUGUCUUAUUUGCACAUUUAAUUGGAAACAUGCAGACCUACCUGCAAUCUAUGACUGUAAGGCUUGAAGAGUGGAGGCUAAAGCGAAGAGAUACAGAAGAGUGGAUGAGACAUCGCCAGCUUCCUCAUGAUCUGCGGGAACGAGUCAGACGUUUUGUUCAAUAUAAGUGGGUUGCUACACGAGGCGUGGAUGAAGAAUGUGUGCUGCAAUCCUUGCCUGCAGACCUUCGACGAGAUAUUCAACGUCACCUCUGCUUGGACCUUGUUCGACGGGUCCCUUUUUUCUCACAAAUGGAUGAUCAGCUUCUUGAUGCCAUAUGUGAGCGUCUGGUUUCCUCCUUGAGCACCGAAGGUACCUAUAUUGUCCGAGAGGGUGACCCUGUGACAGAAAUGCUCUUUAUCAUCCGUGGGAGAUUAGAGAGCUCCACUACAAAUGGGGGCCGAACAGGUUUCUUUAAUUCCAUAACUUUGAGACCGGGGGACUUCUGUGGUGAGGAACUGCUUGCCUGGGCUCUGGUUCCAAAGUCAUCUGUCAGCUUACCUUCAUCUACUCGCACCGUAAGAGCCCUUGUUGAAGUGGAGGCCUUUGCUCUGCGAGCAGAAGACCUAAAGUUUGUUGCCAACCAAUUUAGGCGGCUUCACAGCAAGAAACUACAGCACACUUUCCGCUUCUAUUCCCACCAUUGGAGAACUUGGGCAGCUUGCUCCAUUCAGGCAGCUUGGCAUCGGUUCAAGAGGAGAAAGUUGGCUAAGGAUCUUAGCAUGACGGAGUCAUUCUCAUCCCAGUCAGAUGAACAAGCUACUGAUGAGACUGGAAAGGAGGAAGAGGACAGCAACUCAAGCUCCACUAACCCUUCUCUUCCUACACAGAAUCUUGGGGUGAUGAUUCUGGCUUCAAAGUUUGCUGCCAGCACAAGAAAAGGAGCUCAGAAAAUCAAGGGCAUUGACAUGCCCAAGUUACAAAAACCAGCUGAGCCUGACUUCUCUGCAGAUCCUUUCGAUUAGUGGCUAUUGAUAUUUGUUAUGGUCGUCGGUGCUGCUUGUUUCACUGAAUCCUCAAACAGCAUGAAGGGAUGCUUGGGAGGAUUCUACCUUGUAUGAUUUGGGGUUUAUGGGAUCCACUCUCCAUCCAAUUAGCUAAUCUACAUCUGCCAUCUGAUUUAUUCUGUGAAGCAAAAAGAAGAAAAAGCUUUCUGAUAUCAAUGGCAUGAAUAGCAAUUAUAGAUUCCAUGGUAAUGCAUCAACUUACACG